UCAACACAUUAUGAGAGGAACGCCCAGUCGUAACUGUGAAGAAAGUUGUGAAUCUGAGGUGGAGCUUAGUUGCGCUUGCGCAGAGGUUGCAGUGUGUUGAGUGAGUGCCAAGUGAGGGAAACAGGCUCCUAGAAAUCUAAAAAUGUUUAGUUGGUUGAGCAAAGAUGAAAACAAGAAGGGACCAGAACUUUUUGAAAGUGUUGUGGAAGGUCUUAAAAAAAUAUACAAAACAAAGUUAUUGCCACUAGAGGAAUUCUACGAUUUUCAUGAGUUCCAUUCGCCGAAAUUAGAAGAUCCAGAUUUUGAUGCGAAGCCCAUGAUUUUAUUGGUGGGCCAGUAUUCUACCGGUAAGACAACAUUUAUUCGAUAUUUAUUGGAACAGGAUUUUCCAGGUAUUCGGAUAGGCCCUGAACCAACAACUGACAGGUUUAUAGCUGUCAUGUAUGCUGAUAAUGACGGAGUCAUACCUGGAAAUGCAUUAGUUGUCGACCCGAAAAAACAGUUUAAACCUCUAACAAAAUUUGGAAAUAUGUUCCUAAACCGGUUCCAGUGUUCACUGGUAAAUACGCCUGUGCUUAAAGGAAUAUCCAUUGUUGACACGCCAGGAAUAUUAUCCGGUGAGAAACAACGUGUGGAUAGAGGCUACGAUUUUACUGGCGUGUUAGAAUGGUUUGCAGAAAGAGUUGACAGAAUCAUAUUGUUGUUUGAUGCCCAUAAGCUUGAUAUAUCUGAUGAAUUCAGAAGAUCGAUUGAAGCCCUUAGAGGACAUGACGAUAAAAUUCGUAUCGUUCUUAAUAAGGCAGACAUGAUAGAUCAUCAACAGCUUAUGAGAGUUUAUGGAGCGUUAAUGUGGUCUUUAGGUAAAGUACUCCAAACACCGGAAGUAGCAAGAGUCUAUAUCGGAUCUUUCUGGGAUCAGCCAUUGCGGUACGACGUAAAUAGAAGAUUGUUUGAAGAUGAAGAACAAGAUUUAUUCCGGGAUUUACAGUCUUUGCCAAGAAAUGCUGCACUGAGAAAGCUGAAUGAUCUUAUCAAGAGAGCUCGUUUGGCCAAGGUACAUGCUUAUAUUAUAAGUGCUUUAAAAAGAGAGAUGCCAGCUAUGUUUGGUAAAGAUACAAAGAAGAAGGAACUGAUCAAGAAUUUGGGCCAUAUUUAUGAUCAGAUCCAACGUGAACAUCAAAUUUCACCUGGAGAUUUUCCAGAUCUGAAGCGUAUGCAGGAAGCUCUCUCACACCAUGAUUUCACUAAAUUUCAUCCAUUAAAACCACGUCUCUUAGAAGUGGUCGACAAAAUGUUGGCUGAAGACAUUGCUAAUUUGAUGGCAAUGAUUCCUCAUGAAGAAGUUACGCAUCCAAUUGAGCCACAUGUGAAAGGUGGAAUAUUUGAAGGUGUUGAGGAUAAAGUUAGUCCAUUUGGAUACAAGAAAGGAGAAGGAGUAGAUGCAGGCUCAGGAGAACCAGAGUGGAUUGUGAAUAAGGAGAGAAGCAAGUAUGAUGAAUUGUUCCGAAGUCUGGGACCAGUUGAUGGAAAGCUUUCAGGUUCAGUGGCAAAGAAAGCUAUGGUUGCAUCCAAAUUGCCAAAUCAGGUAUUGGGCAAGAUCUGGAAGUUAUCAGAUAUAGACAAGGAUGGUUUCCUGGAUGCAGAUGAAUUUGCAUUGGCUAUGCAUCUGAUUGAUAUCAAAGUUGACGGUCAUAGUCUACCAACUGAACUUCCUGACCACUUGGUGCCUCCGUCAAAACGCAGCUCUUAGCAUUAUGGACAGAAUCAAAUUGAAGAAAGAUAGUUACUGAUUUUAAAGUACUGGUUAAAAGCUGGACAAUAUAUUUAUAUACAAAUCAGAUGUUAUUAUUUUGCGUGUAUACUUCGUGUAUCAUGAAACAUAUGCAAACCUAUAAUGCACAAAAUUUGUAUACUCUUUCGUAAAGAGUUUUGAUGUGGAUAUUUCUGUCAAAAAUACACACUGAUUCAAAAACUAAAAUUUUAUAGACAGACAGAAAUCAGAAUGUGUGUUUAUGAUGUUUGUAUGUAUCAUUCCAUUCCAUUCUGUUCCAUUCCAUUCCACCCAACACCACCACCAAAAUAAUGUGUGUGUGUGUGUGUGUGUGUGUGUGUGUGUGUGUGUGUGUGUGUGUGUUGAUGAUGAUGGGUGGGUCAAGUUUAAAUUAUGUGCUCAUUGUUGUAGUUACCUGUAUGCUAUAGACAUUCAAGCCAAAUGCCAUGCCACUCAGACCAGAUGCUACUGCCUGCAUGCAGUUUUAAACAAAAUUUCUGAAACAAUACAAAUUCAGAAUAAUUUGUUGUAAAUACAUGGAUGCAUUCAACAUUAUGCUCUGUUUGUUAGCUAUUAAAUCUUUAAUGAGUGUAGAAUAUGAUGUAUAUUUGUUUCAUUGAAGCUUUUACUGAUGUAUUUCAGUAAUAAGAUUUUGUGAUUCCUUUGUUUGUGAGUAAAUUCAUUGUUAUUCCUA